AUGGAGAUGAAUUCGAAUAAUGAGGAGCUCCAUGCCAUUGAGGCAGAGCUUCAUACGGAAAUUCUCCCUGGCACAGAGAUUAUGAGAGAUGUUGCUUCGCAUCAUUUCGUUAAGGAUCGCUCGGGUUCUAAUCGCGUCCUUAUUCCGCAACCCUCAGACGACCCGGCAGACCCUCUCAACUGGUCACUUAAGUGGAAAAUGCUAGCUAUCACUGGGGCCAGUAUCACCUCUUUUUUCCAAGGGUUUGGGCCACUUUCCCUUGCGCCCAUGUUUCCGGAUUACAUUGAAGCGUUUCACUGCAGUCUAGCAGAUGCUGUGCAGUUCACUGGAGUCUGUAUCUUGGUUCUUGGUUUCAGUAACUUCAUAUGGGUUCCAUUAAGCACGUCAUUUGGCAGGCGACCGGUAUACAUUGCGUCUAACUUGAUCUGCCUGGCCUCCAUGAUUUGGAGAGCUCGUGCGCAGACUUAUGGCAGUUUCAUGGGAGCUUGUGUGCUGAAUGGUAUUGGCGCUGGUCCUGCAGAGUCAAUACAACCUGCCGUCAUUGCUGACAUCUUCUUCCUACAUGACAGAGGCAAGUGGAACACCUUGUACUGGGUCGUAUACAUGGGGUCACUGAUGAUCGGCCCAAUUAUCGGCGGGUCCAUGGCUCUCAACGUCGGGUGGCGCAACUUCUGGUGGUUCAAUGUGGCCCUGGGUGCAGUUGUGGUGAUUUACAUCAUCUUCCUGUUCCCAGAGACUAAGUGGCACCGCCCUCAUCCAAAUGAGAUCAUCGAGGAAGCUAGAGCGAACGAGAAGAUCGAGGGCUCGGCCAAUGUCAGCCACGCCGAGGCCUCCAGACCCAAUAGUGAUGGCAUAACAGAGCACGUCACCAGUGCCGAAAAAGAGGGAACAACCCCGGAAGGAUUUCCUGAUCUAUCAACGAGCGAGACGGCUGCAAGGGAUCCAUAUCUCGGACGGGGAAAGCCUGCAAAGUGGCAGUUCCGGUUCUUCCAACCAAACCCACAUCCUUUCAAGGCUAUCCUUUUGGACCUAUGGAUUCCUUGGAAACUGUUCGCAUUUCCCAUCGUCCAAUUCGCCAGCUUUGUCGUCUCUUGGAGUUGCUCUUCUUUCCUUACCAUCAAUCUAACCCAAAGCCAAGUCCUUGCCGCGCCACCUUACAACUUUUCUACUCAGACCAUCGGCUUUACCAAUUUUGCUAUUUUUGCUGGAGCUUUGAUCGGCCUUGCCACUGGCGGUCCUCUGUCUGACUGGGUGGCUGCCAAGCUCACUGCAAGGAACAACGGUAUUCGUGAGCCAGAGAUGAGGUUGGUUGCCAUGAUCCCAUUUGUUCUCAUUAUGUACCUUGGCAACAUCAUCGUCUCGGUUGGAUAUGAGAACCAUUGGCCAUGGGAAGUCAUUGUGCUCAUUGGAUAUUCCUGCGCCGGCAUCCAAGUUGCAGCCCUCCCCAGUAUCUCAAGCACGUAUGCUGUUGAUAGUUAUAAGCCCGUUGCUGGCAGCUUAUUUGUUAGCAUCACAGUCAACAAAAAUGUCUGGGGUUAUGGAUUUAGUAAAUUCAUCACGCCUUGGAGUAUAAAGGCUGGAUUUAUCCCACCUAUUAUGACUAAUGGAAGCUUGGUUUUCCUCUGGUGUCUGUUUGGUGUUGUAUUCUACUACUACGGCAAGACAUUCCGUCGUUGGACCAAGAACAGUAGUGUCCAUAGGCUUUAG